AUCACACUCAAGGUCGAUAACUCUUCAAGUAAUUCACCGGAAGUUUACGGUCCAUGCAGGAUUUUGCUAUUUCAAUUGAGGAUUUUUUUUUGCAUUUCUUACAAACGGCGAUUAUAUUUAGUAGGUUGAGUCAUGGCAUCUGGGUAUGAAGAUCAUGCCAGCAAACGCAUGAGGAUGGACAAGUCCAGUGAAGACCCAAUCAAGCCAUCUCCUUCACCGGUCGUCCAUGUCCGAGGCUUAUAUGACAACAUCAUGGAGAGAGACCUGACAAGGGCUGUUCAACAGUUUGGAAAUGUAAGCUGUGUAGUACUCAUGCCAAAGAAACACCAAGCUUUGAUCGAGUUUGAAGACAUUUCGGGAGCCACAAACUGUGUAAAUUAUUCAAAUGAGAACCAGAUUUUUGUCGCUGGUCAGCCAGCAUAUUUCAAUUAUUCCACCAGUCAACGCAUUCAGAGACCAGGUCCAAAAGAAGAAAACAAACAGACCAAUCACAUUUUGUUGUUUACGAUCCUAAAUCCCCAGUACCCCGUCACAGUGGAUAUCAUGCACACCAUAUGCAGUCCCUAUGGACAGGUGGUGCGUAUUGUUAUCUUUAGAAAGAGUGGUAUGCAGAGCAUGGUGGAAUUUGAUGACGUAGAAUCGGCCAAACGUGCAAAGCAAGCUUUAAAUGGAGCUGAUAUAUACUCCGACUGUAACACUCUGAAAAUAGAGUAUGCAAAAACAGAUAAACUGAAUGUUUUUAAAAAUGACCAAAGCAGCUGGGAUUAUACCAAUCCAAACUUGAAUAGUGAGGCAGCUCCCCCCAGGAAUAUGCCUCUUCUACCAGAACCAAGCGGAGGAUUUCCCCCAUCCAACAGGAGGCCUGGUCCAGGUGGUCAGGGGGGAUUUGGAGGAUACGGACGAGAAGCGGGCCAAACUCAAGGCUACCAGGGCUAUCAGGGUGGUGGAUAUGGGGCUGGGAUGUAUGACCAGGGCGAUGGAUUCAGUCAGGGCUAUGGAGGAAUGCCCCAGAGGCAGGCUGGGUAUGGUCAGGAAGGGUUUGGCAGGAAGCCUGGACCACCUCCACCCAUGCAUGAAGAUGGAGGUUAUGGAAGACCAAUGCCUCCACAUGGGUAUCAGGACCAAGGAGGGCCACCAGGGGCCAUGAUUCAAGGGGCAGUACUUAUGGUGUAUGGUUUAAAUCCAGAACAUGUCAACUGCGACAGACUGUUUAAUGUUUUCUGCCUAUAUGGGAAUGUUGCCAGAGUGAAGUUCCUCAAGAGCAAAGAGGGAUCUGCAAUGAUUCAGAUGGGAGACUCGCUGGCUGUUGAGAGGAGCAUUCAGAAUCUCAGUCAUGUGACUUUGUUUGGAAGUAAGUUAACUCUUGCUGUUUCCAAACAGGCAUUUUUACAAGAUGUUCCAAAUCCAUACGAGUUACCUGAUGGGACACCGUCUUUUAAAGACUUCAUGGGCAGCAGAAACAAUCGAUACGCAAAUCCAGAACAAGCCAGCAAAAACAGAAUCAUGGCCCCCACCAAGGUUCUUCAUUAUUUCAAUGUUCCUCCUGAGUUGUCGGAGAAGGUUUUGGAAGAGGUUUUUACAAAUAUGGGAGCAGAGUGUCCCGAGAAAAUAAAACAGUUUCCUGCCACUAGUGCCAGAAGUUCCUCUGGUUUGGUUCAGUUCAAAGACACUGAAGAAGCAGUCAAUGCCCUGGCAUUAGCAAACCACGCAUCAAUUCCUAAUCCGUCUGGCAAAAGUCCUUAUGUGAUGAAGCUGUGCUUCUCAGGCAGUCCAAUUGGUGGUCGGUAGAAAGGAAUUCAUUAGGUUUCAAAACAAAAUCCUUGUGUAGCUGAACACUCUUUGACCAAAUGGUAGCUUUUAAUUGAAGAUGCUCAUUGUGCAUUAUCCAUCAACUGCAUCAAACGUGUACAAAACAUCCAUUAUACAUGUUAUAAUCAAAUGCCGAGUCUUUGAACAUUGAACAUUAUCAUAGACAUUCAAAAUAUUUUCAGAUUUCAUGGACUAUGUCAUGAAUGGGCAUUUUUUAGUUUAUUAGCCAAACAAUUUAUAAUUAAUUGUUAAGCUAUUUACAGUUUGUUGUCUUGCACCUAAACACUUUCACGCUGUUUGUAUCCCAAAAAAGGUGAAAUUUACAUGGAGCUUUUUGUAACAAAAUUUGAGUUGUAUUUUAUACAAAACUAUUUUUUAAUGCAUUGUUUCAUGAAGUAUUAUAAAAUAAAAUUCAUAAAAAUA